CUUCCUUCUUCCGUUGCGUCUUCACAACGCUUCUGCUCCCGAGGUUGGUCUUCUCCUGAGGUAUCAACCUGGAUCUAGCCAUGGUCGAUACUCGAUCAGUGAGAGUAUCUUCUGAUUGAUCUGAAAAUAAUGCAGCAAGGUCCAAGAAGCAUCAGAGAGAACAAGCAUAAAACGAUCGAUCACAGUGGACUCUCGUGCUGGCGUGUUCACGAGGAUGUGGCUAGCAAUCCCAGCCACGCUGUGCCUGUGCGCUCGACAUCGGAGGCAUGCUCUCGCCUUGUCAAGGUAUGGGACCCAGGCAUGACGGCGAUCAGGGGCCGGUGCUCCCGAGGUUCAUGUCAUGGAAGUGCCGGAUGGACCCUUUCCCUAGAGCCGAAACCGUUGGAGUUGUGUCGCACGUGGCAGCAAAGAUGUAUUUGCCAGAGGUAUGUUUCAUACCAGAAACCAAGUCAAGCCAGCGGACUGCUUCAAGUUGAAGCGGGCUGUGAUGCGACAGCUAACAGGGACACUGCCGAUUUACAAAAAUGCCGCAAUUUCUCAGUCUGGAAUCUGGAUGCGACUUUCUCUCUAGCGCAUCGGGGUACACCGCAAAAGUUUGUGAUUUCGACCAACUAAUAUAUAUGGUGCGCAUUACAAGCGAGGGUGGCUCCCUUGCAGUUUGCUCUUGACAGACCUUCGUCGAGAAUCAUCCAGAUUCUCCUACCGUAAGUGCAUGGUAUGGUCGCAAGGCGUGCAUCAUGGAAAGUCAUGAAGCAAAAAGUUUGUAGCAUAAAGUGGCCGUGCGCAGGAGUCUGCAACGCUAUGAUUCUCCCAUUCGAACCACCCCGACGAUCU